AUGAGGUUACUAUCAAUUACGAUCAUUCUCUGCGAUCUACUUCUCUGUUAUCCUUCACUCUCUUUCUCUCUCCUUGCGAAUAACUCGGUGCCGGAGCCGGAUAUUGUUCUAACGGAAAAUAACCUAACCGCCGUUGGCAAUGCCUCGCUUGCGGGAUCGAACGAGGAUAGUCUCGCUAACAUGAUUGAUCGGGCUCUCGAAAGGGAGUUUCCCGAAAAUGAACAGAAUGAAGGUACUGAUGACGCUGGUAGUUUCAACAAUAGUGUUGCCGGACAGCAGGCUGUUUUAGAAACUGUUGCUAGAGUUAGGACCAAGAAAAAUGAGAGCAAAGAAGAAAAGUCAUUUCAGUUCCAUGAUGUUUUCAAUUUGGACAGUGAGAACCGUGUUGAGGAAACACCAACUUUAAUUGAUCGAAAGGACAAUGUCUUUAUCAUAUCCAAUCCCAAGUCAAAGUAUCCUGUUCUACAAUUGGACUUGAGAUUGAUAUCAGAUCUUGUGGUUGUCAUUGUCUCUGCAACCUGUGGUGGCAUAGCCUUUGCUUGUGCUGGACAACCGGUUAUGACUGGAUAUCUGUUAGCAGGAUCCAUCAUUGGACCAGGAGGUUUGAGCUUUGUCAGUGAAAUGGUCCAAGUUGAGACAGUUGCUCAAUUUGGUGUCAUCUUUUUGCUCUUUGCAUUGGGCUUAGAGUUUUCCACAACAAAGCUUCGAAUUGUUCGGGCGGUGGCUAUUCUCGGAGGUCUGCUGCAAAUUGUCUUAUUUAUGUGCUUGUGUGGAAUAAUAGCUUCGUUAUGUGGUGGCAAACCAUCUGAAGGAAUAUUUGUUGGUGCAUUUUUAUCCAUGUCUUCAACAGCAGUGGUCUUGAAAUUCUUAAUGGAAAGGAACAGCGUCAAUGCCCUUCAUGGUCAGGUUAUAAUUGGAACUCUGAUUCUGCAGGAUUGUGCUGUUGGUUUGCUCUUUGCACUGCUUCCUGUCUUGGGUGGAACCUCAGGUGUUCUUCAGGGAGUAAUAUCCAUGAGUAAAUCGUUGUUGACAUUAAUUGCAUUUUUGGUUGUUUUGUCAAUAUUAUCUCGUACUUGCGUACCCUGGUUCCUUAAGCUUAUGAUAAGCUUGUCAUCUCAGACCAAUGAACUUUAUCAAUUAGCAUCAGUAGCAUUCUGUCUAAUGGUUGCUUGGUGUAGUGAUAAGCUGGGUUUAAGUCUUGAACUAGGUUCAUUUGCCGCGGGAGUAAUGAUAUCAACAACGGAUCUUGGUCAACAUACGCUUGAACAAGUUGAGCCAAUUCGCAACUUGUUUGCUGCUCUGUUCUUGGCCAGUAUUGGGAUGCUUAUACAUGUCCAUUUCCUUUGGAAUCACGUUGACAUUUUACUGGCAGCUGUUAUAUUGGUGAUCAUUGUAAAAACAAUUGUAGCCGCAUCUGUUGUCAAGGGGUUUGGAUACAAUAACAAGACUUCCAUUCUUGUUGGGAUGUCCUUGGCACAAAUUGGAGAAUUUGCAUUUGUUCUUCUCAGUCGUGCUUCAAAUGUUCAUUUAGUUGAGGGAAAGUUGUAUUUAUUGCUCCUUGGAACAACAGCUCUCAGUCUGGUGACUACACCCUUGCUUUUCAAGCUGAUUCCUGCUGUUCUACAUCUUGGUGCAUUGCUCCGGUGGUUCCCUCCUGAUAGUCCUGCUGAGGUUGUCUUCAAAGGGGACAGCUUUCGCGCAGACAGCACUAAGCGUAUUACCUUGAUGGUUCAAGGCUCCCAUGAUUCAUGA